GAAAACCGAAAAUGGGAUUCUAGAAACUUUCACAAUCUUCCUUGUUUCCUCCUCAUCGAAGCCCGACACUGUGAUUCCAGAAAUAUGGUAAGAAUCGAAAUUAUUCUGGUUUUUUUUAUUUCAUUAAUUUAUCUUGUUUGAUUGGUCAUUUUAAAGAUUUUGAGGUAAAUUUUUAAGGUUGGACGAGUUUUUUUUGUCUGUUUAGGGUAAUCAGAAUUCAUUAAUUUGUGAUAUUUUUCAAGGAUUCAUGGCAUGAAAUUUAGGGUUUUUCUUUUUUUUUGGGAUUAGUUGCUCUUGGAGCUUGGAUCGUAGUUUAGCUCCAUUUUUAUAGUUGUUUAAUAUGCUAAUCUACGGCGGACGAAAGAUUUUGAGUUGGGAUUUUAAUUUUAUUUAUAUGCACUCACAAGCAGAAGCUAGACUUGAUCUAUACCAGAGGUAUAUCGGCACAUAUGACCUUCUUCCAGCUCUGAAUUGUUUCUCUAAUCUUGUAGAAGUUAUGCUUUGAUGUUGAUUUUGACUUGUUUUUCGUCUCUGAGGCGUGAGGGAUGUUUCCAACCAACUAAUGCAUAUGUACCAUGGUAUAUUGAAUGUAAAUUAAGUGACUUCUGGACUUCAAUGUCAAGGUGGUCGUUAGUGGCCAAGGCACGGGCCUAAUUUACCUCAGUAGAUAAAAAGCUUAAGUCUUCUCACUUGGUUUUGGGAUGUCAAGAACUUAUAUAUAUUGGGUAAUUGUUUUGAGUGGUUUUAGGAAGUUUGGUAGGUUUACUUUGUGAUCUGUGUGUUAUAAGUUGAGUUCCACCUUCCACUCAACACAUGUUGAUGUCUUGGCCUAAUCUUCUUAGUUCUCACCGCAAUGAGUUUCUAUUGCUAAAUGAUCAGGGUGGGUAUGAAGGGACUUGCUUUUAGUAUCUUCUUCUCUUUAUGAUUCAUAUUCAUAUUUUUCUUUAGCAAUUACGCCCAUUUACUGUGGGGCAGAAGUCCUGUUAGUGUUUCCCUUGUUGUCUUGUUUCUCCACGACCAUACAUUUGGUAGAUAGUUGUCGUCGUGAGGAUCCAAAAAUAGUUGUGGAUCUCUAUUAAAUUAUUUGGAAAAAUGGUUUUUUGAGGAAUUGGUUGUGUUAAGUUUGAAAGGAGUUGACCCUAAACCUAGAAGUUUUCUAAUUGAGAAAGGCACACUUUUUCAGUUGCAAUAUCUUUAAUUAAUGAAGUUCUAGAUGUACAUCAGGCUACACCUUUUUUGGCUGGGCUUGCAGUUGCUGCUGCUGCUCUUGCUGGUAGAUAUGGGAUCCAAGCUUGGCAAGCAUUCAAGGCAAGGCCACCUAGGCCACGUAAAUUUUAUGAAGGCGGUUUCCAAACUACUAUGACAAAAAGGGAAGCAGCUCUUAUUCUUGGUGUUAGGUAAUUAUGAGUUCAGGACAUCUUUAUU